UACAUUUCGAUUCCUCGGAAAUACUGAACAUUCUGUUGAUAUCUGUGGGUCAGAAAUUUACCUAUGUUUAUGUUAGAAUUACUAAAUAAUGACCACUUGAGGCAUAGGGCAGACCGUUUAAUUUUUUUCUCUUCUAAUCUACGUAGACCAAGAUCCUCGUUAAAGUUCAAAAUCGUAAUAUAUUUACAAACAGAGCAAGAAAUUUGAGACUUGCUUCGAAAGCGUCGAUGUUAUUCUAGUAAGGAAUAGUGUUUCUCAUGGCAAGGAGUUUCAUUAUAUAAAAGUCGAUUUUAUGCACAUCUGUAGAUUAUUAAUUUGGUUUAGUUAUUUUUUUUUAUAUUCUUAACAUUGCUCGUUUUUUGUGAAGUCACUUGAGGACAAUGGCUUAUAUUUUCUACAGAGAUACAACCAUCGUAGAUGAUACUAAAGUUAGAAAAUCCCUGCAUCUUUUACAACCGGCAGCUACUGACAAGGAAAAUUUAGUGGGUGCAGGACGUCAUCCUAAAUCCAUGACAUCAGCUAAGGAGGCUGCUAAGGAUGAAAUGUCUGACAAAACUGAAAAGUCCAGAAAUGAGAAACCCAAAAAUGCAAAAUCCAGAAAUGAAGUUUCAAAAUCGAAUAAAAAAGUAAAUUAUAAAGAUAAAGGAGUACAGACAGCACGAGGAGAGAAAAUUAAGAUUGAAGUUGAAGAUUUGACAUCUGAAGCUGGUCCUAGCGAGCACUAUUGGGAAGUACUAGCCGAAAGACGACGGAUAGCUCUCGAUGACGCUUUGGAAGAAAAUAGGGAAUUGGCAGAACGUGUGGCACAGUUGGAAGAAGAAAACCGCAUAUGUAAAGGGAUGUUGGAUGAAACUAGAGCUCUAGUUGAAGUUUUGCAGGAGAUGAUCGGCGAUGACAAUAAUGAUAUCAACAAUUCACUAGACGACAGUGUCCUAUAGUAGAUGAUUUUAUACUAAGCUCGUUGAGAGUUCCUUUGUAAUUAUUAUUUGUUGCGUGUUCCACCACUGAUGUAUGCCAACGAGGGUGGAAUUAGUGCGAUCGUUAGCUAUACUCGAAUCCUAGAUAUUCUGGAUCUCUUUUGACAAACCGCUUCAUCUAAUUUUUCCUACGAAAAAGGUAUUUCUACUUUUAAUAGGUUUUUAUGCUGGUCACAAAGUAUUCUCCGCGUUGUAAACUUAAUACCAUGGGAUUUAUAAAUUUUACGAGUUCACUAAAUAUGUUGGCAGGAGAAAAUGUAUAUCUGGCCGGGGUGAAGCAUGAAUGUAUCCCAAAUAGUUUCUUAUUCUUACAUAUACCUAUUUUUCAUUAAUGUACCUUUAGUGUAUCAUGUAACCGUAUCAUUUAACGAUUGCUUCCUCACCUUAUAAAGAAUUGUGAAUUACGUGUGUCAUUUUUGGACA